AUGAAAAGAAAUGGAUAAGAAGAAAUAUAAUAAACAUUAAAACACUCAAAUAUUAAAAAGAAAAUAAAAAAAGAAGAACUUGAUAAUUUCGAUUAAUAAGAUUUAGGCGAAUUUAUAUAAAAAUUUUAAAUUGAAAAUAAUUUAAUAAAUAAUAAUUCUCCAUCAAAAUAAUAUCGUAUUGAAAAUUAUGAAAACAAAUAUUUUUAAAAAAGAAGCCUUUCUUUUUUAAAUUUGAAUAAUAAUAAUAAAAAAAUUAAAGGAAAAGUAGGUCUUAUUAAUUUAGGAAAUACAUGUUAUAUAAAUGCAGCAAUUUAAUGUUUAAGCAAUUUACAACCCUUGUGCGAUUAUAUCAUGUAACAUAACGAAGAUAAAGAAAUUAAUUUUAACAAUAAGCUUGGGUCUUAAGGCCUUAUUGUGAAAGCCUUUUCAAAUUUAAUAAGAUUAAUAUGGAACACAGAUGAGAAAUACAUUAAACCAGAUGAAUUUUUUAAAGUAUUAUCCUAUUGUAGUAAAGAAGUAAAAAAAAUACAAUAAAUAUUUUAAUGCCUAUUUAUAAAUUUUAGUAUGCCUAAAAAAAAUAAUAAGAUGCUUAAGAAUUUAUUUUAUAUAUAUUAGAUAAAUUACAUGAAGAUUUAAAUAGAGUAACUUUAAUGUAAUAUAUACCUUAAAAGAGCAUUUUAAACUUUUAAACUAAUAAGAAUAAGAAAACUUGCAGCAGAAUCUUGGGGAGAUUAUCUAUAAUAGAACAAAAGUGUGAUAGUAGAUUUAUUUUAAGGUUAAUUAAAAAAUACAUUAAAAUGUUUAAAAUGCUAAUUUAUUAAAUAUACAUUUGGACCUUUUAUGUAUUUAACUUUACCUUUAAAAAACAAGCCUAGUUAAUAAAAGGUAACUUUGGAAGAAUGUAUUUAAUAAUUUUUAGAAACAGAAAUUUUAAAUAAUGAUAAUAAAUGGUUUUGUCCUAAAUGCUAGGAUUUUAAUAAAUCUGAACAUAAAAUAAAUUUGUGGAAAUUACCUGCAAUAUUAAUGAUUUGUUUAAAAAGAUUUGAAUAUAGUAAGCAAUCUAAGAAUAAAAUAAACACUUUUGUUGAAUUUCCUAUUACUUAAUUUAGUAUGGAUUAAUUUAUUCCAUAACAACUCUAAAAAGAAAAGCCUAUUUAUGAUCUUUCUUCAGUUGUUUGUCAUUAUGGAACUUUAAAUUAUGGACAUUAUGUUACCUAUGCAAAAAAUUUUGAGAAUCUUUCUUGGUAUUUAUUUAAUGAUAAACUAACUAAAAAAUUAAUGAAAAAGAUAUUCCAGGUGGGGGAGCAUAUAUGCUCUUUUAUUAAAAAAGUACUCUAUAAUUGA